AGACUAUAACCAAUUAAUUGAGCAUUAAUUCUGCCAUUUACAACACAACCUGAGAAUGAAAACAAUGACAGGCGGCCAUUACCCUCUAGCUCUAGCUCUAGCUCUAGCAGCCUUGUUGGCGUUGGCAGCGGCGGCAAGUGAGGACCAUGCCGCGGACCGCAUAGCCCGUCUGCCGGGCCAGCCGGCGGUGGACUUCGACAUGUACUCAGGGUACAUCACGGUGGACAAGGCCGCCGGACGGUCGCUCUUCUACCUGCUGCAGGAAGCGCCGGAGGAGGCCCAGCCGGCGCCGCUGGUGCUGUGGCUGAACGGCGGGCCCGGGUGCUCCUCCGUCGCGUACGGCGCGUCCGAGGAGCUCGGGGCAUUCCGCAUCCGGCCCGACGGCGCCAACCUCGUCUUGAACCAGUAUCGCUGGAACAAAGUGGCUAACAUCUUGUUCUUGGACUCGCCGGCCGGCGUUGGGUUCUCUUACACCAACACCAGCUCAGACCUCUACACCUCUGGGGACAAUAGAACAGCUCAUGACUCGUAUACUUUCCUGGCGAAUUGGUUCGAGAAGUUCCCGCAUUACAAGUACCGCGACUUCUACAUUGCUGGCGAGAGCUAUGCAGGGCACUAUGUCCCAGAGUUAUCCCAGCUUGUCUACCGGAAAAACAAAGGCAUGAGCAAACCCAUCAUCAACUUCAAAGGAUUCAUGGUGGGUAACGGCCUGAUCGACGACUACCAUGACUAUGUGGGCACCUUCGAGUCCUGGUGGAACCACGGUCUGAUCUCCGAUGACACCUACCGCCUUCUCAAGGCGUCCUGCCUGCAUGACUCCUUCAUUCACCCUUCGCCGGCGUGCAACGCCGCGCAGGACACCGCCGCAACGGAGCAGGGCAACAUCGACAUGUACAGCCUCUACACGCCCGUCUGCAACCAGACUGCAUCCGUGAGCCGACCACGGCCCAGGGGACGCUACCCAUGGAUGAGUGGAUCGUAUGACCCGUGCACGGAACGGUACUCCACGGUGUACUACAACCGGCCGGAGGUGCAGAGAGCUCUCCACGCCAACGUCACCGGAAUAAACUACACUUGGGCCACCUGCAGUGACACCAUUAAUAAAAACUGGGGCGAUGCUCCAAGAUCGAUGCUUCCUAUCUACAAGGAACUUAUUCAAGCUGGCCUAAGGAUAUGGGUCUUCAGCGGAGAUACAGACGCGGUAGUCCCCUUGACAGCAACAAGGUAUUCCAUCGAUGCUCUGGACCUUCCAACCACCAUUGGUUGGUACCCCUGGUCUGACAGCAAAGAGGUGGGCGGUUGGAGCCAGGUAUACAAGGGCCUGACGUUGGUGACCAUCCGAGGCGCAGGGCAUGAGGUUCCCCUGCACCGCCCGCGGCAAGCUCUUAUAAUGUUUCAGAACUUCCUGCGGGGCAUGCCCUUACCAAGACAGACCUCAAAUGGAACUAUGGCUUGACAAUUCCCUGUAAUUUGGUUGUAGUAAUUCAUACAGUGUAGAGAUUGAAAUAACAAAGCUCAGAAAUAAAGUAAUGGAUCCUUCCUAA